AUUUAUUUAAAAAUGUCAUAUCCACCUCCAGGAUAAUACCCACCCCCAGGAUAAUACCCACCAGGACAAUAUCCUCCUCCAGGUUAAUAUCCACAAUAUCCACCACCUGGACAAUAUCCACCACCUGGACAAUACCCACCUCCUGGAUAAUAUGGAUAAUAUCCUCCUCCCGGUUAAUAUCCAUAUCCUCCUUAAUCAUAUCCUUAAUAACCAGGUUACUAUCCACCAGGAGGAUAUCCUUAAUAAGUCCCAGGAUAAUAUCCAUAAGGAACCACCACUACUAUUAUCGAAAUUUAACAAUAACCAACUUAAUAACCCUAUUAAUAACCCUAUUAAUAAUAAUCUCAUGGUGGAGGAGCUGCAGUUGGAGCUGCCUUAGUUGGAGGAGCUAUUCUUGGUGCUGCUUUAGCUGACAAUCAUCAUCAUCAUCAUGGACCAAAUGUUGUUGUUAUUGAAAAAGGACACAGAAAACAUUAUUGAUUUAUUGAUAUUAAUGUUCCAACAUAUAAACAAGUUC